AUGGACUGCUAUGGAGGCUGCACUGACCCUCGCCAGGGGUACUAUGGCUUCAUGGAUGAGGUUCGCGUCUGGAAGGUUGUCCGCAACCAAACGCAAAUCAUCAAUGACAUGAGAAAGGGGUAUGACGACAUGGAAGAUCGCAAUGGCUUGGUUUCCUACUGGAAUUUCGAUGAUGUUGAAACUCUGGAUGAAGGCGGUUUCACUCAUGACGUCAGUGGGAACGAGAAUCAUCUUGAUCUCCUAACGCCACCAGCGAAUGAAGACAUGCCGAUCGUGGGCAAGGAUAUCUAUGGCAAGCCUACGGAGUUGAUUGCUGGGGCGCUCAAGUUCAAGAACAGCUAUGCAAGAGCCACAAUUGAGAAUAUGCCAACCAAAUCUAUCUCAGUGGAGUUCUGGGCGAAGACUGUGCUGGCAGACAGCCACCCCAAGGACUCUGUGUCCAAUGAGCGCUAUGCAGAGUUCGUGUCUUUUGCCACCCAGUCCAAGGGAGAUGGGAACAUCAACAACAAUAAUGGGCUGGCGGACACGGUGUUCAUGGACGAUGCCAUACGCAUAGAGCGCUACCUCACUGAGUUCAACAACAGCGAGUAUCUCAAGCACACGAAGAUCAGCACGCUUGGUGCGAUCUCGGUGCACAUCAAUGCUAAUCGCCAGGGCAAUGGGCGCCACGCCAACAACUGGGUGGAUUUUGCCACAGAAUGGACGGACAAUGAUUGGCAUCACGUCGCUGUCACAUGGGACUAUGACACUGGCAAUGUGCAGCUGUUCUUUGAUGGCGACUCGUACACGCCGUUUUGGAGGUCAGCAGCAGGGCAGGUCACCGACCAGGAUCCUAACUUGGGAGGGGUUAACCCGAGUAUCGCACAGAAAGUUGAGAGGCUUCCCACCGGAUCUCUGGUGCUCGGACAGAACCAGGAGUGCUUUGGGGGCUGCUUCUCUCCAGGGACUGCGUACGAUGGAUACCUUGCGAAUCUGAGGGUGUGGAAUCGUGUGCUGGAUAUCGAUCAGAUUAAGCGUAACAUGUUUGUAAACGACCCUGUUGACGCUUCUGGGUUGGCCUUGAGCUACACCUUCAAACGUGACAGGAUCCAGGGCGACAGUGACAGAGAUCUGGAAGUCCUUGAGAUGAACAACAAGAAGAAGAACAAGCUCAUCCUUGGUUCCAUCGGGCCAUCGUACGAAUACUCGUAUGCACCCCUCACCGACAGGAAUUUCAGCCCCCUGGACGGCCCGAGCCCCGGUUACUCUGGCUACGCCAUGAAGGUCCACGACAAGCAGGUCCUCAUCAAGCAGGACUUCUUCGAUUUUCCCCAGGAUGCCAUCACCGUGGAGUUCUGGAUGUGGAGCAUCGACACCUGCUGGCAGGGCGUGCCAUUCUCCUAUGCCCAUGGCGACUAUGAAAAGAUGGACAAUGCAUUCCUGAUCUUCAACUACAACAACUGGGGCGUGUCUAUCAUGGAGCAGGAGGGGAACAUCGACGACCACAAUGCCGGGUUUGGUGCAACCGAUGGCAAGUGGCAUCACAUCGCGGUCACGUGGGAGAGCGCGAGUGGCGAGGUGUCACUGUACGACAAUGGGCGGCAGGCCUGGAUGGUCAAGAGGGCCCAGAACAAGAAGAUACCACCAGGAGGCACGCUGAUCCUUGGCCGCGAACAGGACUGCCUCGGCGGGUGCUUUGACUCGCGAUAUGGAGCUGCUGGUGAUGUGCAGCCCUGGAUCGAGCUUGAGUAUGGCGCCCAGGACUUCUUCGGCGUGAUGGACCAGGUCCGAAUCUGGAAGGUAAAGAGGACACCAGAGGAGAUCUACAAGGGGAUGCUGGCAGACCAGGACAAUGGCUCUGGAAAGAAAAACGACUUCAUCAACCCCAAGGACCGCAAUCUUGUUUCCUACUGGAAGUUCGAUGAGGGCGCUGGAUACAUCGUUCAUGAUGAGACACCCAGGCAGAACCACCUGCAUAUCAUGGAGGAGCCAGACUGGAUGGUGAUGCGAUGGAUGAUGCGGUGUGGAAAUGGAAUCUUGGAGGGGGUAGAAAAGUGCGAUGACGGAAACCAGGAGAAUGGGGACGGUUGCAGCAAGGCCUGCAUGGUUGAAGACGGAUUUGUGUGCACCCCGACCAGCCCCUCAAAGUGCACGAGAAAUGGACCUGGCACUGGGAGGUCUGGCGCUGGAUGGACGAUGUUGUUUGUGGGCAUGGUGGUGGUUGGGAUAAUCGUCGUGGCAGCGGUGGCCUACAGGAAGAGGGAGUACUUCUAUGAACAUUUCCCCCAGUUGGAGCAGAUGGUGCACACAUCCACGGACAAGAUUGGGAAGAUGAUGGGCCGUCGUCCGGGCUACGAUGGCGUCCUGUCCCUGGACCCUGAGGCCGAGAUGGAUCACCCUGGGUUUGUGAACGCUCAGGUGCCCUCGACGUACCAGCCUCCUGGGCGCCCCAUCCCCUACGCACCCAUGCCUGAUGCCGGAAACAACUGA